GAUGUAAAUUUACUCGAGUACAGUCCUCCACUCAUCGGGUUCAUUGAAGUUUGCCAAGACACUUUCCACGUGUUUAUGCUUGUACGAGUACGUCAGCAGAUCACAUGUGGUGUUACACCUCCUCUGCCACCUUUGGGAGAAAUAAUUGCAGGUUGUGUAUUUUCCUCCUUCAGCCACUUUCUGCUUCAUUCUUAUGGUUUAAUCCUCCGCAUCCCCAAGUAUCUCAGAAGCCCCCAGAAUCUAGGGCCUCCAAUGACGCCGGAUGAACUUUCCAAGAUACUCUUGCUAGAUGAAUAUCAAGUUCUUGGUAUUCCUCAGGAAGACUUCGCUAGAUUAGAGCCGCAUAUUGGAAACCGAGCGUAUGUAUUCAAAAAAAUUUCUACAACCAGAUAUUAACAAACUACUUCUAGAUAUACCUACCGUCCCGCUACCGGUGAAUUAAGGAUAAAAGUGCCGUCACAACUCCACGGAACGGUAUCAAGUUGGGCAUCGGAUCUAAGGCAAGAAGGGGAGGUAGUAGGGGCUUUUGAUUGUAGAGAUCUCUCUCUUAUUUCUGAAGGAAGCCUCCAGGGAUUUAUGGGAGAAUAUGAAGGAAUGUAGGUUGUGUAUGAUUUCAACAAUUCCUUCUACUAUCAUCAUGCUCACACUAUAACAGAAUAAAAGUUCCUGACUGCGCAAUUGUACCCCGAGGGCGCUUCUGGCCUACUCUGGUCUUUGAGUUUGGCUAUACGGAGCCGUACGAGGACUUGAAAGCCGACGUCAAGCUUUUGCUUGAGGGGAGUGCAGGAAAAAUUAGCAAGAUAAUAAUAAUCAAGCUUGACCCGCUCCGUGAUGGCGAGACUGAGAUCCAGAAGGGAUUUGUUGAAAUAUGGCACUUAGUGGAUGGCCAGGUGAAGAAGCAUGGGCGCAGGAAGGUGAUUCCCACAAUCAUCUCAUGUUAGAUUUUACUUUUCCUAAUAUCGAAGAUGAAGAGUUUAUUUCCUCCACCAAGAAGCCAUGCAGAGCAGAAACUUGAGCUGUCCCUUAGAGAUAUUCUUCGCAGUCAGCUCGAUAACCUGGCAAAUGAGGGCUGGGGGAAAGAAGACACUAUUGCUCUCCACUUUGAUCGUCUCCGGGGAUAUAUUGAGGAAGCAACCUGGCGUCACUUGGUCCAGAAGGGUUUGCUGGAGGAUGAUGAUGAAUCAGAUUAA